CCAGCAGUUUGUGGUGGUUAGACAAAUUUUAUGAAAGAAAAAUAAUAAUUCUACAUUUUGUGGCGGUUUACAGGUUCAUGUAAAUAUCACUCUCAAUGAUUCAGCUGGGAUUUCAAUUUCUUCGCUGCUAUUGUUUUUGUAGUAACAUAAUAAAUACACUUGACUUGGGUACACAUGAUUACUCUAUACACUGAAAGUAACUAAAGUGAAUUUGAGCAGUGUUGUAAUGCCGUUUACUGUUGAGUGUCUGAAAGUAAACAAGCAAAGCAGCUAGCAGGAGAACAAUGGCCAUUGGGAGCCCAAAGCAUGAGAAGAAGAUGCAGGAAAAGAACCUGAGUGCACAACUAGCUGUUGCAGUCAGAAGUAUUCAAUGGAGCUAUGGAAUUUUCUGGGCACCUUCAACCACUCAACAAAGAGAACUGGAAUGGAGGGAUGGGUACUACAAUGGAGACAUUAAGACAAUGAAGACAGUGCAAACCAUGGAAACUAAGGCUGAUAAAAUAGGCCUGCAGAGGAGUGAACAACUGAGAGAACUAUACAAGUUUCUUCUUGUAGGUGAAGCUGACCCACUAGCUAAAAGACCUUCUGCUUCAUUAUCUCCAGAGGAUCUCUCAGAUUCAGAGUGGUAUUACUUGGUUUGCAUGUCCUUUGUGUUCUACCCCAACCAAAGUUUGCCUGGAAAAGCACUAGAAACUGGUGAAACAGUGUGGCUAUGCAAUGCUCAGCAGGCAGAUAGUAAAUUUUUCUCUCGUUCUUUGCUAGCAAAGAGUGCCUCUAUUCAGACAGUGGUGUGUUUUCCCUAUCUUGGAGGUGUCAUUGAGAUAGGAACAACUGAACUGGUAUCUGAGGAUCCUAAUCUCAUUCAACAUGUGAAGGCAUGCUUCUUAGAAAUCUCAAAGCCUACAUGUUCUGAUAAAUCAUCCUCUGCCCAUGACAAACCACAUGAUGACAACAAAUAUCCAACAUGCACCAAGGGUGACCAUGAGGUUUUAGACAAAAUUCCCAUGGAGAACUCAUGUUCCUUUGCAGAAGAACUCAAAUUUGAUGAAUAUCCUGGCAGGGAGUUACAAGAUGAUGAUAACAAUGAAGAUUGUGACAUGGAUGGAUUCUCUGAUGGUGGUUGUGAUCAUUAUGAAUCCAUGAUAGAGGGCAUCAACGAGGGUGGUUCUUCUCAAGUUCAUUUUGUGAAUGAAGGUGGUGACAUCAAUGGUGCCCCAGAUUCCUCUAGUUCUUGUGAUUGUAGGUCUGAGGCUUCUGAGAACCAUGGUAAGAAGGAUUCUAAAAAUGUAAUCCAAAUUCAACAAAAGGAGCUUCAAGACUGUGAUGAUAACUCAAAAAGUAGCUCUUUGGAUAUUGGAGCUGAUGAAGUUUUGUACUACACAAGAACUCUCUGUGCUGUUCUGGGAAAUUCAUCAAGUUUUGCACAAAAUCUAUGUGCAAGUAAAUCUAGUUUUGUGAAAUGGAAUAAAGGAGGAGUUUCUGAAAGGAAGUGGCCGCGGUUGCAACAAAUGAUGUUAAAGAAGACUUUGUUUGAUGUCCCUUUUAUGCACCUAAGUUGCUCCUCUCUCAAAUUACAAAAAGAAAAUGGAAGAAAAGAAUGGACUUCUAAAUUGGAAAAUGCUGAUAAUUUCAUGGGGAAUGUCUUCUCUGAUAAGAAAAGAGAAUCUAGAAACAUUCAGGUACUCAAAUCUGUGGCUCCUUCUGCAUGUGAGGUGGAGAAGAUUUCAGUUCUUGGUGACACAAUUCAAUACUUGAAAAAGCUUGAGGCAAGAGUGGAAGAACUAGAAUCUUACAUGGACACUACAGCUACUGGAGCAAGAACCAGAAGAAAAUGCCCAGAUGUGCAAGAGCAGAUAUCAGAUAACUAUGGCCCCAGUAAUAUUUACAUGGGAAUGAAAAAAUCUAGGAUAAACAAGAGGAAGGCUUGUGAUAUUGAUGACAUAGACACAGGGCUAGACAUGAUUGUUUCUGAAGAAGAUAAGCCAUUGGAUGUGAAAGUCAACAUGAAGGAGGAAGAGGUUCUGAUUGAGAUGAAAUGUCCUUACAGGGAAUACAUAUUGUAUGAUAUCAUGGAUGCCAUAAGCAAUCUGCAUAUAGAUGCACACACAGUUGAUUCAUCAACAGCUGAUGGUGUUCUCACAUUUAAACUUAAAUCCAAGUUUCGAGGAGCAGCAACUGCGCCAGUGCGGAUGAUCAAAGAAGCACUCUGGAAAGUAUCUGGAAAGAUUUGAAAUGCCUGAUUGAGUGUCUCAUGGAAGUAGUAGAUUCUUCUAAUUCAACAAUUUCAUCUUUGUAACUCUAGAACAGUGAUUACCUUCCUAACAAGCAUGUCUUAUUGUGUGAAUCUUGAUUUUGGCUAUUUUGCUUAACUUCCUAACUGGGAUUCUGCAGUUUAAUUACUAUCAGGUUUGAAUUA